AUGGGCUAUUCCAUGAUGGAUGAUUACAAGGUAAGCACUCUUAAACAAAAGCUCCCUUUUAGUUGCUUACAUGAUGCUGAUUUAGGUCCCUGUUUGCUGAUACUGUGGCAAUUUCUCUCUGCAUGUUUUCAUGAGUUAGGGUGGGGCUUGACUCUUAUAGCAGCUUGUAGAAGAGAAAUGGGGAGGUUGGCUGUCCAGUUCAGCCAUUUACACUCCCAAACAUUCUAAAACGCUAAAACCAAACAAGGUUAAGCAGGGAAGUAUUUGAGAAUGUGUAAAGAAAUAUAUUUAUUCCAGAUACAUAGAAUCAUAGAAUUGUAGAGUUGGAAGGGACCCCAGAGGUCUUCUGGUCCAACCACCUGCAGUGUAGAUUUUCAUCCAACCUCUGCUUAAAAACCUCCAAGGUUAACAAUAAUAAUUCAUUAUUUGUACCCCGCCCAGCUGGCUGGGUUUCCCCAGCCACUCUGGGAGGCUUCCAGCAAAGAUUAAAAAUACAUUAAAAUGUCACACAUUAAAAAGUUCCCUCAACAGGGCUGCCUUCAGAUGUCUUCUAAAUGUCAGGUAGUUGUUUAUCUCUUUGACAUCUGAUGGGAGGGCGUUCCAAAGGGAGGGCGCCACUACCUGGUUCCCUGUUACCUCGCUUCUCACAGUGAGGUAACCACCAGAAGGCCCUCGGCGCUGGACCUCAGUGUCCGGACAGAACAAUGUGGGUGGAGACACUCCUUCAGGUGUCUUUCUUGUCAGAAAGUUCUUCCUGAUAGUUAGUUGGAAUCUCCUUUCUUGCAACUUGAAUCCAUUGGGUCAUGGCCUGUCUGUGGAGCAGGAGAAAUCAAGUUGGAUCCAUCAUCCAUGUAACAGCCCUUUAAUAUAACAAGGGCGCUGUACUAGAUAACCCUUGGGGUCUCAUCCAACUCUACAGUUCUAUGAUUCUGUUCUCCUCUCUCUCUUCUCUCAGUCUCCUCUGCCCCUGGCUAAACAUGCCCAACUCCCUCACCUGUUCCUCAUAAGGCUUGGUUUCCAGAUCCCUGAUUAUCUUGGUCUCUCUCUCUCUCUCUCUCUCUCACACACACACACACCCUGCACAUAUUCCAGCUUUUCAACAUAAUUCUUAAAUUGUGGCACCCAGAACUGGACACAGUAUUCCAGGUGUGGUUUGACCAAGGCAGAAUAGAAUGGAACUAUCACUUCCCUUGAUUAGGAACUAUACAGUUUCUAGGCUGUUGAUGCAGCCUAGAAAGCAGUUGCUUUUUCCUGCUACACCACAUGGCUGACGUGUGAAGCUUUUGGUUUACUGAGACCCCUAGAUCCUUUUCAAAUGUACUAGUGGAAAGACAGGUUUCACUCAUCUUACAUAUGUGCAACUGGUUUCUCCUACCCAAGUGUAGAACCUGAAACUGGUCCCUAUUGAAAUUCAUUUUGUUUGGGUCCAGUUCUACAAUCUGUUAAGGUCAUAUUGAAUGCACCAUAAGAGUAUCUCAUGCACUGUGCUAUUAUAUAAUGUUCACCAAUGUUACCUCCUUUGAUUCAGUACGUAUAUUUGGUUUGUGAAAUUGCAACGCAUUUUAUUAAAAUUAAACUACCUUAUAUUUGCAUUCUUUCUUUUCCUUGACCUCUUUGCUCAAUUGCUAUAAACAACUAAUCUGUUAAAUCAAAAGUAGCCUCUGUAACUGGAUUCUAAUUGUAAUUUUAUUUUCUCUUACAUAAAUCUUCUUUUUCAAAAAAAAAAAGGAGACGAAUAUAUCUACACGACUGUGGUAAGUGCACAUAAAAAAGUAAUAUCAUGUUCAGUAUUAGCACUGUAUACAUUAACUUCAACACACCUAAGAAUGAAGAUGUGGUACAGCAUAUGUGAUUAAUACAGGACCAUAACUUCAUCUUAUAGUCUGCAUAUGGGAUAGGUGGAGAUUUCCAUUUUGGGUUCUCUCAGUUUCUCACAUUUUGAAUUCUCUACAUUUCUGCAACAAUUUGGAUUAAAAAGAAAUAACUUCAUGUAAUAUUAAAAAAUAUGUUAGUGUGACUUUCUUUUUAAAAAAAAAUUUAAUGUUUGUGCUGUUUUGAAGAAUGAACACACUUUAACAAGCAUAUUGCCACAAUACAUGCAUUUUUUGUAAACACUUUGGUUGGAGAAGUGCAUCCAAAAAUGUGGGUGAAUUUGAAUUUCAAAGAAAAUGUUGUUUUGCAUAUUGGCUCAGGAAGUUUAAAUUAGAUAAUGUCUAAGUGAAAUGCAAGGAGAUUCAAAUCCCCUCCCCAAUGACUAGUUCUGCAAUUAUGAAAAGCAUCAUUGCAACAUUAAAUCAGAUUAACUUGAUCAUUCAGUUGGAUUAACAUAAUCCAACAAUUUUGGUUUGAAGAAAAAAUGGUGCUUUCUCUUUAUUUGGAAAUGUCUUUGAAUUUGUAGUUUUCCAGGAAAACCUCUAGGAAAAAUAUUUUCCCUGUUAGGAGAAUCAUUUCCUAACUGAUAAUGUUUGGGUAUGAUAUUACCAUGCUUUGAAACUCAAAGUUCCCUUAUUCUGUGAUAAGAUAUCAACUUAUUUGUUUCAAAAAUUGAAAAGCUAUUGGCAGGAUUUAAAUAAACAUUUACAACUUUAUUUACAGAGAACAAGAAAUACAAUUAGUGAUAACAGAACAUUAGGUAUAAAAAGCAGAAUGUAACAUUUGGUGUAAUAAACCAGUGGAACCUGGGGGAAGUCAACAGGGAGGGGGAAACUAGAAAAUAGAUGUUAAAUGAUGACAUUGAAUAUUUCUUACGAGAAAAAAAAACCAAUAAAAAUUAUUUUUUGAAAAAAUUGAAAAGCUACCAACCAGCUUAUUUUGAAGAUUCACGAAAACUGUGUAGUGCCUUAGCUACACAGGUGUUGAACUAGACAAGAAGAAAAUCAAAUUAUCUCUUUGCAGUUGGAUAAUCCUAACUUUUGAUGAUAGUUAAUGCUAUAGUUAGUGUAUAUCCAAAAAAGAUUUCCUAUUAUCUCUUCCAGGAUAGAGUAUGAAAAGCCAAAUAGCUCUUCUGGCGAUUCAGAUGAUGGCUCAACUGUUUCAUUGAAGUUAACCCAAAGCAUUGCCAACAGUGCCUUUAUCAUCAUCUGCAUCUUUGGCUUCCUGGGAAAUGGAAUGGUCAUCCGGCUUCUGGGCUUCCACAUUAAGAGGAAUCCUUUCACCACCUACAUCCUGAACCUCUCCAUCGCUGACUUUGGUGUCCUUGCAGCUCUCCUGACUAUUAUUUUGCCUGUUGUAACUUUCUAUGAGAAAUCCCAUGUUGCUGUUUUGAUUAGAAAAGUAUUAUUUGAACUAUUUUUCUUCACUUAUUCUGCGGGCCAGUUUCUACUGACCGCCAUCAGCAUCGACAGGUCUGUGGCUGUCCUCUUCCCACUUUGGCAUCGAUGCCACCGACCGGCACGUUUAUCCACCAUUAUCUGUGCCCUGAUAUGGAUCCUCUCUUUCCUGCUCUCAGGCAUUCACCUUACUCUCCUACUGACUCACAGCUUUCCAAACUCUAACCUAGUGUACCAGCUUAUUGUAAAUGCCCUCAUUUGCACUCCUCUGAUGGUCACCUCCACUCUGAUACUGGCCCUCAAAGUCUGUUGCAAAUCAGAGCAGAAUCAACGCGGGAAGCUGCUCACCACCAUUUUGCUUGCACUUCUUUUCUUCCUCAUCUUUGCUUUCCCACUAAAUGCCAUUUACACUGCCAUCUAUUUUAAUGAGAACAAUAUGAUUCUAAUGGAAGUUGGUUUUGUGUGUGCCUCCCUGAAUAGUAGUGUCAACCCGCUGAUCUAUUUCCUAGUUGGGAGGAGACAGAAAAAGGGCCAGUCCAGGGUCUCCAUGAAAGCUGCACUCCAGAGGAUUUUCAAGGAUGAGGAGGACUGUGUGGAACAGUCAGAGUCCAGAACUGAAAACUCAGUUUUGGAAGAGUCGAAGUCUGGAACUGAAAACUCAGUUACGAUGGCUCCCUUGAAGGCUUAA